AUGGUUCAUGUUGAAGAAAGCUUGCAGAUACCUCGUGAUUUUGAGGGUUUCGGCGAGGACGGCUUCGAUCCAAAAUGGCCAAACGGUGCUCGUAUUGCGGUCUCCUUCGUCCUCAACUAUGAGGAAGGCGGAGAACGAAGCACAUUAGACGGAGACCCUUUCUCAGAACCGUACUUGUGGGAGAAAGGCGCAUCUGGUGGCUACAAAGAAGGCGCCAGGUAUCUGAAUGCUGAGCAAGACUUUGAGUAUGGCAGUCGCUCGGCCUCCUGGCGUCUUAUCCGUCUCUUCAAAGAGUUUGGUUGGAGCUUCACUACUUACGCUGUUGCAUACGCGCUCAAGCGCAACCCCACCUUUGCAAAGGCGCUGGUCCGAGACGGGCACGAAAUCGCUUGUCAUGGACUCAGAUGGCUGGAUAUCUGGAACUACUCGCUCGAGGAGGACAAGGAGUACAUUAGGCAGAACAUUUUGAUGCUGAAAGAAGUAUCAGGUGAGAUGCCCGUCGGCGCUUACUUUGGCCGUGGUACACCCAAUACCCCCUCGUUGUUCCCGGAAGUAUGGAAGAGUCUUGGAGGAGAGUUUCUCUGGUCUUCUGAAUGCUACAACGAUGAUGUUCCAUAUUGGCUCGACUUGCCAUGGGAGAAGGAGUUACCAGAGGAGAAGCGAGAAGGCAUGCUGCUCAUCCCCUACAAUUACGAUUGCAACGACGGAAAGUUCCACAUGUCGCCCGGCUUUGGCAGUUCUGUUGCGGAGACUUAUGAGCAGUAUUUGAAGAACACCUUUGAUUGCUUGUACAGAGAGGGCGGCAAGUUGAUGAAUAUUCCAUUGCAUACACGUAUCAUUGGGAAACCAGGCAGAUCGGAGGCUUUGAGGAAGUUCAUGAAGUACAUUGCGGAAAAGGAAGGAGUUUGGGUCACAACGAGACGAGACAUUGCCAAACAUAUGAGAACAAAAUUUCCAUACAAGGCAAACAGGGAGUGGAUGAAGGGUAAAUAA